CCCCCCAACACCGGAGGGAUGGAUUGCGCAUGCGUCUUUCUUGCGGAGGGGUGUUUAAAAAUGAUUCAGCAGUAUGCAUAAAUGCAAGAUACGAGACUUGUGAUUUUACGUAAACAGAAUACUAAUCUGCAACAAUGGAAGAGAAUGCAGAUGCGUAUUUAAAUGAUAAUAAAAUAACUCUUAUAAAUAAUAAUACUUUAAUUAGCUCACUACGAAUGUGUACAGGACUAACGCUUUUAACGUAUCAGACAUUUAUCACACGCACGCACACACACACACACACACACACACAGAUAAUUACAUAUAGAUAAUUAUUUUCCUAUUGAUGUCCCCGGAAUUGUUUUAUUGCAGGGGUGUCUGUUGAGUUCGCCCAGAGGUUAAGGAAGGAUGGGGUUCAGUGACCCCUGACAAGAUGUAAGACGAUGCACCUACAUACCUGCGGAGUCCUGGUGAUGUUUUGAGCGGGAUGUGGCCUAGUGUGUUUAUGAUACAGAUAAUAAUCGCACCACGCAGCGUUAAGGAGAAGGCUGAAAGGAUCGUUUGAUCAUAAGAGCAUACGCUCUAAUGUGUAAAUGAGCAGCAAGAUUGAGCGGGAGAGGAUGCGUUUUUCUCAGGCUCAUGUAAUUUGAUGCAUCAAUUAAUAAAUAGUAGUGGUGUAACAUAUUGUAUUAUAAUAUUAUCAGAAAUGUCACGCUGGGAAUGUUGUACUCCUCUACAACAUGUAAAGAUAUAGAAUAGAACUACGCUAAGAGAUUUUAAAAAAGGUUUAAGGUUUCUGACACAGUAGGUGACAACUCAGAAGACAACCCAGAACUUUAUAACCGUCAGAAACGCCCCUCAGUCCGGUUAGAUUUAAAAAAAUGCCAGAAAAAUGUCAUUUACAACAAAGAUUCGACAGGAGCUACCACGGAGCAUUAUCCAAUCGUCGUUGUUAGGAUGGCUGCUAAUAACAUCGAUGUGAAUGAAGAGGUUCUUUAUUUCGACGAAGGACUAGAUCUUAUUCUGGAUGAAAUAAUUGAUGAUGCAUUUCUUAGGGGUGCUGCGGUUCAUGAUGUGUUGCAAGAAGAAGUAGUGUCGAUUGAAUUUCCCGCUGGCGACUAUGAACAGCCAAUCUCCAUCACAGGCCCUGAAAACAACGCCUCCAACAUACCUCCACCUCCUCCCCCCGAAAAAACAGUUGGCGAGAAGCGUUGUGACUCUGUCCCGACGCAUUCGCAACAGGGCACCGGCGUGAUUGCAUCUACCAGACCUGUGUCAGGACGCGGAGAAAAGCGACUCCGAGAGGUGUACGGAGAACAAGCAGUACCUUUACCUACACAAUAUAACGGAGAUGGUGACGACGCCAUCCCGUCCACAUCAGGAUGUGGGAGGAAGAGGCUUAGAGAGGCCUACGGAAGCGACCGUCCUCUGCCAAAAGAAGGGUGUUUAAGCACGUCGGUGGAUAUAGACCAAGAUUACGACGAGAGAGGUCUAACAUUAUACGUGGAAUCCCAGGAGGAGGCUUGCAACAAUUUCGAUUCUGAUUCAAGCUCGGAUGAUUCAAGCUCGGAUGAGGACGAUACAGGAUAUCUUUUUAACGAACAACAUCUGCCACAACUCAGCUAUUCUAUGAUGAACAAGAUCAACCGGAAUUUUAAACGAAUUUUGAAUUUAGCUUGCCUGCCUUUAUCAUAUCAAGAGGUCGAAGAGAUUGUACGCUCUUCACAGUCCGAUGUGAUAUCCAUCCUACAGAACAUAAUAGCGUGUCAACAACAGCACACCAUUGCCCUAAGCCACGCUGCCGAUUUCUGGAUGAACGGUCAUAAUCAGCUUCUGGAUGAAAACAGACAACUGCAGGCUACGCUCUCAGAAGUAAGGGGAGAACAGCAGCUUUCCGUCGUUGCGUUAAGUCUAAUGUAUGAACGCUUAAAUAUUAUUCAAAGGGUGUUAUUGGAUUUACAAAAUAUCAUUAUGGGGAGGGAUAGAUGAUGAUGAGAUAAUACUUAAUUCUACAUGUUGACUGUUUUGUUUUUGUUAUCGAUAAUUUUGUAUGCAUGUGUUUAAGUGUUUGUUUAUAAUCUGAAAGUCGUUCGCUAUUUUUGGUACCGAUGGUAUGCUAUUUACCGAUAUUAUACAUUGUGCCAUAUUUUGAUAUGUAUUUUGUAACUUCUAACGUUUUAUAAUUGUGUGUGGGGAAGGCAGAGCAAACGUUUGUUUCUAAGAGAGAGAGAGA